AACGAGAUAUAACCGGCCGCGGCUGUACAGACGAAUAGUUUAGCUAAACCGAGCAUAGGGGAGCUAUAGAGACUGUGUUUUCAAAGUAGGACUUCGUCAUUUCACAGUGCCUGUUUUUCCAUACACGGACAAAGGUAGCGAGUUGCACAAAAAAUGGUUGUGUCACGGAAAAUAUCGUCAACAAAUAUGAGAAAGCCGAUUCGUCCCAUAGAACGCCAAAAAAUGAGACCAUGGUUGAUGAAUCUGUUGCUCCAUGAAAAUGUGACUGGACUGUCAUGGUUGUCCAAGAGGGAUAGGACUUUCCGGAUAUCGUGGAGACACGCAGCUCGCCAGGGCUGGAAUCCAGACAAAGAUGCCGAUCUUUUUGAGAAGUGGGCCCGACACACGGGUAAGCAUAUGGACAAUGAUGAUCCCGAUCCCAAAAGGUGGAAAGCUAACUUCCGAUGUGCACUCAACAGCUUGCCAGAUGUAGCCGAGGUCAAGGAUCAAGGGGUUCGGAGGGGCCAGAACGCCUUCAAAGUAUACCGCUUUCUGGAGGAAAAAAAAUCGAAGUUUUCAAGACCGGUUGAGGAGAUUGAGGUCACAACGAAAGCUUCUACCCGAGUAUCCACCAGACCCCAGCGAACCCGCAUCCCCAACCGGAAGUACACAUUCUCAGACAGUGAGAGUGAAGCAGACAGCAUUGAUUUCAUCGAUGACAGUUCGUCCUCUGGGGUUGCCUCGCCAGUGUCAGACCGGUCCGAUAGUGGGGACGAAACAACCUGUUCAGCAUCUGAUGCCGAAUCACUUCCAGAAACCAGACCGGAAACGGAACAUCGUGACUUUCCCCACUUUGACAAAAUUUGCCCAGACUACCACAUUGAGAUCGACCCAAUGAAAUCCAGACUACAGACCCAGCAUUCGACAGAUGAUUCCGCAUCAACCACCAGCAGCACCCUAACAGACGAAGAGGUCGUGGAGAUGCUUUUACUGGAAGAUAUUAUACAACCUGAUCAGAUCGCCUACAACGAAAGUCUGUGGACGACUGGAAUCGUACCUGAUAUUGCAAUGGAACAAGACGUAGAAACCACAUACACCAUCCUCCAAAACUCCAGCCCCUCUCUCAUGGAGUACCAGGUUGUGAGCGAGACAACUGCUGUAAGAACGGAACAGAUACCCAUUGGGAUACAGCAAGAAACGGUAUACACAAGCAUUCUGGACCUGUGAUGUGACCGCUUACAUUCUGUGAUUCUACCGUCCCUAAGUCUUUUCUCCUGAUGGCUCCGUGGUUGUGCUGUGCGUUGAUAUGAUAUCCGUGGUGGGGUGGGGUGGGGGGUUCCCAUACCUUCCUGACAAUCUGACUCCUUCAAUAUGGUGUGCAAGACGAAUUACUUCCGGCUUAAGUGCUAAAACAUAACCCGUGGUGGCUUUACUUAUUACUUUGGACCAAAUGCAUUAUGGGUGGAACUGUUUAUAGAUUCCAUGGUGCAAUUAACGAAUGGCAAGCAUACCAGGUGCAAUGUUAUGAUAUCAAGGCUGUGCCGAGUGUGCCGUAUCUGCCGUUUUGAAUGCCUAGGUGUGUUUUAAUACCUUGCACGUUGUGUAGUUACUUACCUUUACUAAUUAAAUGUUGAAGUAGACCAUCCCCAUUUAAUUAUGUUUGUCACGGUGACAACACGGACAAACUAGUCAUUAUGUAAAUAAACAUUGUUCACUACCCAAUGUAACGUAUGGUCGUAAUGCUUGUAUGGGUGUGUGUGUGUGCGCGAGCGUGUGUGUGUGUGUGUGUGUGUGUGUGUGAUUGUAUGUGUGAUUGUACAUUACAUAUGAGAGGUAUGUGUGGAUCUGCAUAGCCGUUGUUUAUGUGUUGUAGUUAUGGUUAUAAUUAUCAUAUUGGUGAUGCUAUUAAUAUCACACAGUUAAAUAUAUAAUGCACCAUCAACGCAAUGGUAAUGAGAUUAUGUAUUUUAUGUUUAAAAAAUAAAAGAUAAAACUGAA